AUGGCCGGCCGGGGUUUCAGCGGCGGCCCGGGCCACCUGAACGAGGACAACGCGCGCUUCCUGCUGCUGGCGGCGCUCAUCGUGCUCUACCUGCUGGGCGGCGCCGCCGUCUUCUCGGCGCUGGAGCGGGCGCACGAGCGCCAGGCCAAGCAGCGCUGGGAGGAGCGCCUGGCCAACUUCAGCCGCGGCCACAACCUGAGCCGCCACGAGCUGCGCGGCUUCCUCCGCCACUACGAGGAGGCCACCAGGGCCGGCAUCCGCGUGGACAACGUCCGCCCGCGCUGGGACUUCACCGGCGCCUUCUACUUCGUGGGCACCGUCGUGUCCACCAUAGGAUUUGGGAUGACAACUCCAGCAACAGUAGGAGGAAAGAUCUUCCUGAUCUUUUACGGCCUCAUCGGCUGCUCAAGCACCAUCUUGUUCUUCAACCUCUUCCUGGAGCGCCUGAUCACCGUCAUCGCCUACCUCAUGAAAUCGUGCCACCAGCGGCAGCUCCGGAGACGAGGGGCCCUGCCCCGGGAGAGCCUGAAGGACCCGAGAAAGUGCGAGGCCGACAGCCUGGCUGGCUGGAAGCCGUCCGUGUACUAUGUCAUGCUGAUCCUGUGCACGGCCUCCGUCCUCAUCUCCUGCUCUGCCUCGGCCAUGUACACCCCCAUCGAAGGGUGGAGCUACUUUGACUCGCUCUACUUCUGUUUUGUGGCUUUCAGUACCAUCGGCUUCGGGGACCUCGUCAGCAGCCAGAAUGUCCAGUACGAGAGCCAAGGCCUCUAUCGCUUUGCCAACUUUGUCUUCAUCCUCAUGGGUGUCUGCUGCAUCUACUCCUUGUUCAACGUCAUCUCCAUCCUUAUCAAACAGUCCGUGAACUGGAUCCUGAGGAAGAUGGAUGGCAGGUGCUGCCGACAGUGCCAAAGGAGACUCUGGCCGUCCCGGAGGAACGCGGUGAUGCCCGGCAACGUCCAGAAGCAGGGCAACAUCUCCAUAGAAACGGAGGGGGUGGUGGAGAGUGACACGGACGGGCGCCGUCUCUCGGGGGAGAUGAUCUCCAUGAAGGACUUCUUGGCAGCCAACAAGGUCUCGCUAGCCAUCCUCCAGAAGCAGCUGUCAGAAAUGGCCAAUGGCUGUCCCCACCAGGCCAGCUCCCGGGAGGAUGAGUUCUCCGCGGGGGUAGGAGCCUUUGCAAUAAUGAACAACAGGUUGGCAGAGACGAGUGGGGACAGGUAG